GAGAGAAAGAGUUUGUGUCCGGGACCCCACCCCACCGACUGUUGCUUGGCUUGCCAGAUUGUGGGGCGACAGAGUUAUCUGCCUUUCUCUAAUCUAUCCUUGGCAAAACCCGGACAGUGACGCUGCCGCCCUUUCCUCCCUGUCUCCCUCCUUUUCUCCUCCCCGCCUCCCUGCAGACAGGAGGAGGGGAGAUGGGAGGAGUGAGCGAGCUGGGCAGAGCUGGAAACUGGGCACUGCAUAGAGUGAGAGAGCAAGAGAGCUAAGCGCUGGGGAACAGGGCAGCUAACGCUCUGAGCUGCCAAUGCCGCGGUUGCCUUCAGCGGCUGCAACACCUGGAAUAGACGCGAAAGGAUUCUUCUCCACCCUCUAUCACCUUUCGCAGCAGCUGCAUUCCUGACCAUUCUUCUCAUUCAAGCAGCCAGAUCUGGGGGGUGGGGUAAGGGAGGCAGGAACUCUUACAGGAUUGUUACUUCUACAGGAUUGGCUUGCUAUUUCUAUGAUUAUUUUAGUGGAGUUUUAUUUUAUUUCAUUCUGUGCGUGUUUUCGCCCUACAUCUCCCUGGAAGCGGUGCUGCAUCGUCUCCUAACUCCAGAGGGGGCCAGAGUUGCUGGGGGCCAGAUCUGGUAGCGGCUCCCCUGGGCAUGGCUUCAGCUGGCAGCGGGAUGGAGGAGGUGCGUGUGUCGGUGCUGACCCCGCUGAAGCUUGUGGGGCUGGUAUGCAUCUUCCUGGCGCUGUGUCUGGACCUGGGAGCCGUACUGAGCCCAGCCUGGGUCACAGCGGAUCAUCAAUAUUACCUGUCCCUGUGGGAGUGCUGCCGGAAACCCGCCAACGUAGACAUCUGGCACUGCGAGUCCACUCUGAACAGCGACUGGCAAAUUGCUACACUGGCCUUACUCUUGGGUGGUGCUGCCAUCAUUCUCAUUGCCUUCCUAGUUGGACUGAUAUCAAUCUGCGUGGGAUCUCGGAGACGUUUCUAUAGACCAGUUGCAGUUAUGCUUUUUGCAGCAGUUGUUCUACAGGUGUGCAGCCUUGUCCUCUACCCAAUCAAGUUCAUUGAAACCGUGAGCCUGAAAAUUUACCAUGAGUUCAACUGGGGUUAUGGUCUGGCUUGGGGUGCAACCAUAUUUUCAUUUGGGGGUGCCAUCCUUUAUUGCCUGAACCCAAAGAACUAUGAAGACUACUACUAGAAACAACAGUCUCCAAAGAAAACAUAAACAAAGGAUUAUUACAUCUUUUCUAACUUAUGGUUUUCUAGAACACUUGAGGAGCAUCAAAGCAGUUUGAUCUGUUGACUUACAAUCUUCUGCCCUUUGGCUGCUGACAUUAAAAACAACUUUUACAUAUGUUUUGGGGACCUGCAGAAAUUAAGAGAGCUGAUAAAACCUAAGCAAAUGCUGCAAGCUUCCAAUAUGUUAAUGUCAUUUUACUUGACAAAUGAAGGAUUUAUAUGACAGCCCAUUGUCCAAAAACUAGUGAGGAAAAAAAAAAUUCCCACAUCUCCUCUUGCCUGCACGGGAGCAGUUGGCAGAAGCUCCAUUUCAGAGUUUCUUAACAAGGACGAGGAUUCAGCUGUCAAUAGUCUUCUUUUGCAAGCUUAUCCUAACCAGUCACUGCAUUGGUCCUUGGUCACUUGCUUAAUAAUUUCUUGAAGAAUGAGCUUCUCUUUAGUAUCUAAUGGGAGUAGUGAAUGUGACUGGUUAAUGACUCAAAUUCCACAUUCAAGAAUCUUCUAAGUGAUGGGAGUAUAGACAUUGGCAAUCAGCAUCUCCCUGCUAGUUGUGGCAGAGAAGGGAAGUCAAGACUUGGAGACAUUUGCUUUGAAUUAUGUGGUUAGGAGUUGUGCCUCUGCCAUAACUAGCAAAAGGGGAAAUGGAGGGCCUCUCCUUUUCCCCCAGGCAAGUAGAACGAAAAAAUGCAUGGGUUGCAUUUGUCCUAAAUAAUUUCUCAAUCAUUUUACAAACAUUGCAGUAAAGAAAUGUGCACAUGUAACUAGUCUAAUUAUUUUUAUAGAAAAUGAUCAUUUAGUAUGAUGAUACAUAUCCCAACUCCCUUGCACACAGAUGUUUAUUACAUAUAAAACCUAAUAUUUCCUGUAGCAAAGUGGUUUCAGCACUGACCUUGUGCACCUUUUUAAGCAUCUUAGGCUGAUACCCACCUCUUAGCUGACAUGCCAAAAUACAUCUACUUAAGUCAUUUGCUUUUUGCUCCCGUCAAGAUGUCAUUAUCAGGGGAAUUUUCAUUGAGAUGGAUAAACAGAAUGUUAAACCGAAAUCGGGUGAAUUAUAAAAUGAGGUCCUAAAGUAGUUCAAACAAGAGUAGGUAUUAAGAUUAUAUAUAUAUUUUUUUCUUUAAAGCCCUUAAAAAUAGAAGCUGCUCUUUUAAUUUCAGGAAUCUCAAAUAUCUAGGUGCUUUUGUUUCUUAAAAGCAGAGAGAAUUAUAUAUAGGCUAAGAGUAGAGGACUAGGGCUCAUCUGAUAAUCACAUUGUCCUCUGAAUGUAACCAAUUGGCUGAUGAUUUCAUGCCUUCAGCUAUUCUAACGUGUUUAAAGUGCCCCAAUUUUAAUCCUUCAUAGACUGUUUAAGUUAAGGGAAGUGCCAACAGAAGAAAGUGUAGAUUUAUGACAAAGUCCGUGUUACAAACUGCUAUGUUUAUUUCUGUUUAAUGCUUUCUAAUUUGGGUACUUAAUUAUAAACAUAUUUUUAUAUCACAUAUACAGUUCUAAUAUAAAAGUUAAAAUACUUAUUUUUCUUAACGAAGACAUGGAAAUGAUAUGUCCUAGUUGGCCCUCUUGCUGGAAGAGACAAUGAAAAUCCUUUAAAAUGCUCCAGUGUGCUGUUGUGUUCCUGGUUACAGAGGGACUGCAGAAUCCAUUAACAGCAUGACUACAUCUCUAGUAUUAAAUGCAUUGGUCACAGCUCACAAAACAGGGCCCCUGCUUCCAGCUUGUCAUUAUUUAAGCACUGUUGCCAAAACAACAACAAAAACUCCACCCACUGCAACUCUCUACUUUCCUAUUUAAAUACAGAACUUCUGUUUGUUGAAUUUUCUAGUAUGCGUCUCAUAAAAACACAAAUGAAAUAAAAAAUGGGAAGUGGAAAGCUCAGCCUUAGUUUCAUCAAAAUCAACCAAACUGGUUAAAAGUGCCUGAGGCUGUCAUUCUUUGGAAAAUGUGUGAUUCUGUGAAGGGUUUGAAGAGAUGGGAGGAAAAUUUAGUUUGAUUAUCGUGAAAGGCAUUCAAAAAUCUUUUGAACCAGUUUUCUCAGAAAUACUACUGUCUCUGGCAUAGAGAGCUUUACAGCUAAUUAGAUAUCAUCAUUGAGCAGCAUGAAGAACACAAACUUUGUAGUGAUAUUUAGGCUACUCAAAACAACAACAACCCCCCUCUAUGGCGAGAGGAUGCCUCUUUUUUUAUUCUCAAAUAAUGGAAGAACAGUCCUGUGGUGUUGGCAUCAAUCAGUAAGGCAAUUAGUCAUCCAAGAGGAUACAGUGUGCUGUUAGACCAAUAUUAUGUCUACGCUUCUUAUCAAGAGUUCAUUCUCUGUCAAUAUGACAAGCCAGAAAUGACAGAGAACAUGUUGUGGGCUAAGGCGUACAUAGUUUCAGAUUACUGGUAAAGAGUUUCCUAAUAUAUAGAUAUAUAUUUUAUUUAUCUUCCCAAUGAAGAGCCCCAAGUUCUAUUUCUACCACUACCAACAUUUAGAAAUAUUUUAGUAUUUACCCACAAGUUCAGUGCAAAAUAGAAAACCUUGAGGUUUCUAUGCACCCCAAAUGAUAUGCUUAUGUUUCAGAAUAAAUACAACAAAAAUACUUAUCUACAUUAUUCAUGUCAUGUCUGCUCUACUUUAGUCUUAUUUUAUUUUCUCUUACAAGCAGAAUUAUUUCCCUUGCACAAAUCCAUUGUUUUAUCUUCCAGUUACAUGCACAUGCACAUGUGUGCAUGCACACACACACACACGCACACACACACACACACACACAUCAAGCAGGGCUAGUUAUUUGUAUUUCUAAAGCUUAACGUAUUCCGUCCGGUGCUGACCUGUACAAAGCACCUCUCUUGGAUUUCUUGCACAACUAUGUUUUAGCUUUUGUAAGUUCAACAUGUAAAUUUUAAAGACAUAAAUAUAGAGAGACAUGUAUUUGAAAUAUAAAUGAUAUAUAUGGAUUAGCAUGUAAUUGUAUAUUAUUAAACAUGCAAUGAAAUGACUGGUAAGUGAAGUCUAAUCUUAUGACUAGCGAUGUAAUUUAUUCAGACUGUAUUUUUGUACAGAACUGUGCACACUAACCUAUUGCCUCUGUGUCCUCUUUAAAGCCUAAAACUGUGCCUAGAGAUUUCAUCUGUCUUUAAAAAAAAUUAAAUCAAUUUCAUGCUGUUAAUGGUAUUAGUUUCUCUACUGUUGUUCUGUAUUUUGUUUUAUAUGUGGUACAUUUAUUACAUAAAUGUGAAAUUAUGGUAACUCAUUUAAAAAAACAUCAAUGAGAAAACUGUUUAUUCUAUACUAUGGUUUGGUUUGAAAAUACACAUCUAAUUAAGCAUUUCAUAACUUUUGUAGCUGACAUGAAGUUAUCUCUAUGGGAAAAAAUAAAGAUGAAAUUGAUCACA